UGGGCCUCCGGAGGCUUCCUGUGGCCAGGGUGGCUGGGCGGCAGCGAGCCCCCCCCCCAACCUCAUUGAGAGACAGGGAGGCAGUGGCGGCGGGCAACAAGGCCUAGGCGGCGAGGAUCCUGGGGCAGUCACGACGAGGCGGCAGCGCAGGAUCGGAUCCAGCACGGCGAGGACCACAGGCUAGGCGGCCUUUGGCCGGCAAUUUUUAAAUUUAAUUGUUAAUUUUAAUUAACGCGGGGGUAGGUGGGGCACGACCCAACCAUCAAUCCUUGCCACGUGCAGGGCAAUUAGGCUACCCUCCAGGAUAAUUGGGUGCCGGGUGGGGGUAUUGAAUAAGCAGGCGGGCUCCUUCACAACGCUUUGUAAUCACGUCGUUUUGCAAGCGGGGCCCCCUAUCUCCCUCUAGUAUGCCUAAGAAAGGACAAGGGGGGCCAAAAGGGAAGGGAAAGGCCCCCAGAGCAGGGGGGAGAUGCCCACCCCCAGCGGCGGAGGGGGCAAGGAGUGGGGAGGGGCCACCAUGGGCGGCCAUAUUAGCCAGGUUGGAAGCCCUAGAACAUGGCUCAAGCCACCCUAAUGCACCCCGGGACCAACCUGUGACAGGGAAGAAGAAAGACCCACCACCCAAACGGUCUCGGGGGAAAACACAGCGGCCAGUGAACAGUGCUGAUGCAGGGGCUGUUGCUUCCAUCUUAGCGCGACUGGAUGUGCUGGAGGCCGGGCUCAGGGCUGAGGCGAGGACGCCCAGCAUAGAGCCAGGCGCAACUCCCACCCUGCAAGCAGCCCCAACAAUGCAGCCCGCACAAGGACCUUCGGCGGAAAGCACACAGGGUGAGUCCUCUAUCAUGCCACAACAACAAGGACAGCAGCAGUGGAGCUGAGCCCCCUGGGGGUACCCCUACUGGCCCUUUUCCCCACCAGCGGUAACCGAGGGAUAUGGGCAGGCAGGGACCCCCGCCGGCGGGGGGGAGGUUACGCCACAGCAGCAGCAUCCCCUAAGGGAGGCCUGCGAGCAGGUCUGGCACCUCGCCGCUGGGACGGCGACGGAAGGAGGACAUCAGCCCGCCCUGUCUGCCAACCCCCCUGCAGAGAUAUCCGACCCCCUGGGAUCAGUCAGAGAGGGGGCCAUACCUUUUGGGGAAACGUCUGCCCCACUGGGUUUUCAUCUUCUGCCUGCUACGAAGGACAGAAUAUGGAGGGGAGAGUAUGUGGACCUAUUCUCGCUCCUGUACAGGGAGCCGGUUGGGAAGGAUAAGGAUAAAGGAGAACAUGCAGAGCCCGAUAGGCCCAAGCGCCGACGGGUAGAGCGCUCUUGGGCUAACUGGCUGCCUGCAUUCCUUACCUACAUGGGGGUGGUAAUACAGAGGCAGCCUCACAGGGCCUCGGUACUGAUCAAAUACCUCGAUAUCAUAUACCGGGGCUACUCGGAGUUUCAAGGGACGGCAUGGCUGGACUACGACCAGGCGUUCCGUAUGAGGGCGGCUUUUGAUACAUCCCUCCCCUGGGACAAGAAGGAGGCUGACCUGUGGCUGCAAUUUAUGGCGCAUUCUAGACCCAUGGCAGGCGAUAGGGCGGACAGCGGCCAUCUCUUGGCGCGCCAGGCAUCAGCAACUGCUUCCCGCGGGCCUGCGGGGCAGGGGGUUCAACCCCGCCUGCUUUGCUGGGAGUUCAGCUCGCGUGGCCUUUGCGGUCGGAGCCCGUGCAGGUUCAGACAUGAAUGUGCCAUAUGUGGGGGCCCUCACGCCUGCACUAGCUGCCCCAGGGGCCGCCCCUUCAGGGGUGGAAACAGGGAUUCGGCUGGCGCAAGGAGGACAGGGGCUGCAGGCGCAGCUCAGGGAAAGGGGCCCCAGCCCAAUUAAAAUUGCCGAGCUCCGACACUUACUCCACCUUUACCCCCUAGUCCUAGAUGCCCAGUUUUUAUUAGAAGGCUUCACAGUGGGUUUUCGGAUCCCCUAUUUAGGUCCCAGGCGACCUUUCAUGUCCUGCAACCUUAAGUCAGUGGAAGGCAUGGAAUCAGUUCUGAGAGAAAAAAUUAGGAAGGAAGUAGUAGCCGGCCGGGUUUUGGGCCCCUUUGCUGCACCACCCAUCCCCUCACUCAGAGUUUCCCCGUUGGGCCUCGUCCCCAAGAGGGCACCAGGUGAAUUUCGCCUGAUACACCACCUGUCCUUUCCACAGGGUGAGUCAGUCAAUGACUUUAUCCCAGCGGAGCUGUGCUCAGUCCGCUACACAUCAUUCGACUGUGCUGUGCGAAUGGUCAGGGACUGCGGGGUUGGGGCCCUUAUGGGAAAGUGUGACAUCAAGUCUGCUUUCCGCCUCCUCCCGGUCCACCCACAGGACUUCGAGCUGUUGGGCUUGGCUUUUGAUGGUGAAUAUUACGUGGACAGGGCAUUGCCUAUGGGCUGCUCUAUAUCAUGCUCUGUUUUCGAGCGCUUCAGCUCCUUCUUGGAGUGGGCGGUCAAGAGGCGCGCAGGCUUGCAAUCAGUGGUACACUAUUUAGAUGACUACCUGUUUGCGGGCCCUGCGGACUCAGGCACCUGCAGGGCGUUCAUGGCACAUUUCGCGGGGCUGGCUGGGGAGCUGGGCGUCCCCCUCGCGGCCGAAAAAACUGAGGGCCCAUCCACUGCUAUCACGUUUCUGGGCAUCGAGAUAGAUACGGUGGCCCAAUGCUGCAGGCUUCCUCAGGACAAGUUGGGGGCCCUCAGGGAGAAGAUCUCAGAGGUGGUCAGUUCUAAUAAGGUGACAUUAGCCACUCUCCAACGGCUGGCAGGCCAGCUGAACUUUGCCUGCGGGGUUGUAGCGCCCGGCCGCGCCUUCCUGCGGCGCGUAUAUGACGCCAUGGCUGGCCUAUCACGAUCCUACCACCGCACACGGGUGACAGCCGCUCUUAGGGCUGACCUGACAGUGUGGUCCACCUUCUUGCGGGACUUUAAUGGGGUCUCCCUAUGGAGAAGGGAUCGCCUGUUGGAGGCAGAGCUACAGGUGCACUCCGAUGCCUCGGGUGCCUUCGGUUUUGGGGUCAUUCUGCAUGACUCAUGGUGCCACGGCAGCUGGCCACAGGGCUGGACACUGGCCGGCCUGACCAGAGACCUGACGUUCUUGGAGUUCUUCCCCAUUGUCGUGGCCGUACACCUCUGGCCCGACAAGCUGUGUAAUUCCUCAGUCCACUUUUGGUGCGACAACCUCCCCACAGUGCACGUUAUUAACACCCUGUCCUCUAGAAACCCCAACGUUAUGCUUCUGGUGCGAGCAUUCGUGCUCCAAUGUCUUCGCUAUAAUAUUCAGUUCCUGGCGCGCCACGUUCCGGGUAUUGACAAUAGUAUUGCUGAUGCUCUAUCACGGAACCAGAUGGAGAAGUUUCGCCAGCUGGCACCGUGGGCAAGGGCUCUGCCGGAGGCGUUCCCCCCAGCGCUAUGGGAGAUUGGAGGAUUGAAUCAGAAAGGGCCAUAAGCCUUUCUGUGGCGCCCAGCACUUUGGCCAGCUACCAGGGGGCAGGUAGGGAUCUAUCUAACUUCAGAGAGUCCAGGGGUUACGUCCAGGAGUGGCCCAUCCCGGUCGAGCAGCUUAUGGAGUUCUGCGUGGAGGGGAAACGGAGAGGCCUUUCAGUCAGGACCAUCAAAGAUCGCUGGACGAGAUCGGAGCAGCCACGCAUCCUCCUAUGUGGCCACAGUAUGAUGUUCUGGGCAGGCCGCAGGGCGGCGAAGUCUCGCUUCGGCACGCAGCUGGGGCUCAGUCAAUGGGCCGCAGUGCGGUGGCUGGGUCGUCGGGGGAUGCGUUGGGAUGGGCUCCUGCCAGCCUUGUUUCAACCGGCUGUGGAAGUGGCAGCGCCCCAGGUGCUGGUGAUCCACCUCGGGGGCAACGACUUGGGUCUGUUAAAGGGCAAGGCCCUAAUUGAACAGGCAUGCGGUGACCUCCGGGCCAUUGCACGUCGCUGGCCGGGGGUGCACUUAGUGUGGUCAGACAUCCUGCCGCGCAGGAGGUGGAAUUGUGCCGGUGACCCACGAGGGAUGGACAGGGCACGGAAAAAGGUGAACAGGCAAAUUCAGAGGGCCCUUAGGGACUUAGGAGGUUCUGUCAUCCACCACCCAGAGGUGGGCCACAACAAGCUUGAGCUGUUUCGGCCUGACGGCGUCCAUUUGACGGACAAGGGCAACGACAUCUUUCUAAGGGACCUGCAGAAGGGUUUACACCAGAUUCUUAUCGGGUGUGGGGUAAAGGGGGACUAAGCAGAGGCUUGUCCCCCUUCUGUGGCGAAGAAGUGCGGGGAAAGGUUAAAGGGAAAGGGCAGCUAGGUGACACCUUUAGGCACCUUUGGGGGUGACAGGCGGUCCGGAGGCCUGCAGCUCAGGGCUACACGGCCCGGGGACAGGGUACGGGCCGCCUUUGGGGCCAACGUGCCUCAUCCGCUCAGAGUUUCAGGGCUCCGAGGGGCGGUGAUGUGGGUUGGACCCCCUACACAUCUUCAGGGUGUGGCUGGAGCUGGGGGGCUGGCACAGGGCAGCCCCAGGCUCAGGCAGGGCAUGAUCGCCCGAUAGCUGCUAACAGGCUUUGCCUGGAUCUCCAGAACGCCCCGCCCUUAAUCUCCCUUCUGCAGGUUCAUUAUUCAAUUGAUUCUGUUUAAAUAAAGUGGCCCAUCAUUUACCCAAGCAAUGGUGUCUGUGUUUUAUUUCGGCAAUAGGCCGCAAUCCCGUUCCGUGCCUGGGACCUACCGGGCAGAGGGACGAGCUUGCGGCCGCUGUCGAUGUCCCGGCCGCCAUCUUGGAUGGGAUGCGUGCACACACGGCGCGCUGGCGCGCCGUCGUGUGACGCGGCAGGGAGGCGGGGCGGC